AUAGAACAUUGUAUAUAUAGGUGGCAAGCUCACUAGUAAGGUUACAUUCUGUUUGAGAAAAACAGUAAUACAUCAUGCCUGAACCAGCGAAGCCAGCACCCAAGAAGGGAUCUAAGAAAGCAGUGACAAAGGCUGCAGGGAAAGGAGGCAAGAAGCGCAGAAAGACCAGGAAGGAGAGCUAUGCCAUCUACGUGUACAAGGUGCUGAAGCAGGUCCACCCCGAUACCGGUAUCUCCUCUAAGGCGAUGGGCAUCAUGAACUCUUUCGUGAACGACAUCUUUGAGCGCAUUGCUGGGGAGUCUUCCCGCCUGGCUCACUACAACAAGAGGUCCACCAUCACCUCCAGGGAGAUCCAGACCGCAGUGCGUCUGCUUCUGCCCGGUGAGCUGGCCAAGCACGCCGUGUCCGAGGGAACCAAGGCCGUCACCAAAUACACCAGCUCCAAGUAAAUCUAUUGCUUUUUAACCCAAAGGCUCUUUUAAGAGCCACCCACCUUUUCUUUGAAAAGUCAUUCCAAUGCCUUUUAAAAUCUGUAAAUGAUUGAGAUGUGAAUCU